UCAUAAUCAUCCCUUAUUAAAUUUGCAAAUCCCGCGUUCUCUCUCUGUCUCUUCCUUCCCAUCAUCCGCCUUGCUGUUUUUGUCGACAGAAAGGGGGAGGAGGAGGUGGAGGAUCAGAAUGUCUUCGAUUCGAGUGGAUUCCACUAAGCAAUUGGCGACGAGUAGUCUUGUGGUGGGUUAUGCACUUUGUUCAAGUUUGCUUGCUGUGAUUAACAAGUUUGCAAUUACCAAAUUUAACUACCCUGGCCUUUUAACUGCAUUACAGUACCUAACCUCUGCAUUGGGUGUUUGGGUUUUAGGCAAAUUGGGGUUUUUAUAUCAUGAUUCCUUCUCUUAUGAAACUGCCAAGAAGUUCUUGCCUGCUGCUCUUGUUUUCUAUCUGGCUAUCUUUACGAAUACCAAUCUUUUGCGUCAUGCCAAUGUCGACACGUUUAUUGUGUUCAGAUCCUUAACACCCCUUUUGGUGGCUAUAGCUGACACUCUGUUUAGAAAACAACCCAUCCCAUCCAAGCUCACCUUUGUCUCCUUGUUUGUUAUAUUGGGUGGUGCUGUUGGCUAUGUGGCCACUGAUUCUGCUUUUACUUUGACUGCUUACUCUUGGGCACUUGCAUAUUUAAUCACUAUUACUUCUGAGAUGGUUUAUAUCAAACACAUUGUCUCCAAUAUUGGACUCAACACCUGGGGUCUUGUGUUCUACAAUAAUUUGUUGUCAUUGAUGAUGGCGCCGCUCUUCUGGGUUCUUACGGGGGAGUAUAGUGAGGUGUUUGCUUCCUGGGGAUCAAAAGCUGGGAACUGGUUUGAAUUUGAUGCAUUUUUUGCUGUGUCUUUGUCGUGCAUUUUUGGUUUUCUUAUUAGUUUCUUCGGAUUUGCUGCAAGGAAGGCAAUAUCGGCCACCGCGUUUACUGUCACCGGAGUUGUCAAUAAGUUUCUUACUGUUGUCAUCAAUGUGUUUAUUUGGGAUAAACAUGCUAGCCCGGUUGGUUUAUUUUGUCUUAUAUUCACGCUUGCUGGAGGUGUUCUUUAUCAGCAGUCAGUUACUGGAGCUGGCAGUGCUCCAUUGCAGCGUGAGACUGUUUCUAAUCAGACAGGUGAUGAAAAUGAUGGUGAUGAAGAGAGUCAACUGAUCAAGAAGACCGAUGGUGAUGGAGAGACUUAGAGAGGGACUAAAACUGGUAAACUUGCUUCUGUGCGAUUGAUCUUAUUUUCAUAUGUUACUAGUCUAUUAAGCACUGAAGAUGAUUUGAAUAAAAUUAUUGCGAUUUAUGGAGGUUUUAUUUUUAUUA